GGCGUUGUGCUAAGUGGAACGUGGCCAUUGUCAAAGUCAUACGAGAAACGUCAAAUAACAGAAUCGUAUGAUUAUUGUUUACUAAAUAUUGCAAAAUAAACAAUAUUUAAUUAUAAAUUGAAUAUGAAUAAUAAUGUGAAUCUAGUAAAUGCGAAGAAGAAGAAGAAUAAACGAAAGAAAAAACCAUUUUUCAAACCCAGACCACCGCUUGCCACUGUUGAUCCAGCCGCUACUCUUCAAGGUCUAAGGACGAUUGCUAAUUUAAUACAAAUACAUCAGCAAUUUACUUUAACCGGACAUCAACCGCUAAUGUCUGGGCCGAGAUUUAAAAAACCAAUGUUUUCGGGGCAUAAUAUCCCAGGCUUCAGCAAAUCUGGACAGCAGUCAACGAGUCAGUUUUCAGGGUCAACAAGUACAAGUAUUGACAAUAAUAUAACUACAUCUGAUACUAAUGAAAAUGUUUCUCAAGAUGGAGAUCCAUUUUACGUGCAAAAAUCUGAUGAAGUACAAAAAAAUCAAAACCUGCAAUCACAAAAUCUUAACAUAAGUCCCAAGCCUCCAAUAUCCAUUUCAGAUUCACAAACUGGUAAUGACUCGAGAACUUUGGUAAAUACUGAUCAAAUUUUUGUAAAUGAUCAAGUUCAACGAGUCCAAUCAAAAAAUAAUCAACAACUAUUCAAAUCUAAGAAUAUGUCAAAAAUCCCCCCUAAAAAAAAUGAAUUUGACGACAAUAAGUUUGAUGAUUUUGAAAUAUAUAAUAGUCCUUCAUUUAUUAAUUUUGAAACAACAGAUGUGGUGGAAUUAAAUGAUGAUAAUCUUAACAUAAAUCCCUCGUUCGACAACAAUAUAACACAAAAUGAUAAAGAAAAAAGCGUAAAGAAAAACAUUACAACAAAUUUUCAAAAUAAGUUACAAACAAAGUAUGCUAAACAAUCUGAAAAGAAAAAUUUAAAUGAGAUGGGAUCGACUCCAGUCUCGUCGGAGGAUUCUGAUAACAAACCUUCACAAGUAACUCUACAAGAUGACGAUAAGAAAAAAGCUAACAAAGAACUGCUGGAGGCCUUGUCUAGUGAUAUUAAGACCGUGGUUCAAGAUAAUAUUAAAUUGAAUGUUUUGCAAAAAAAACCCCAACAUGCACAGGAACCAGUAUUUGAACACCCGCCAAAAGGUAUUCCGAAGUCAUUUCUACAUCAGAGUAGGAAAAGUUCACCACAGCAACCGACUCAAACAAAUUCUCAAGAAAUUCCAAGUACAUCGAACAUUUCACAAACGGUUCAAUGGACGCCAAAUCAAAAUGUAAAUAGUCACAACACACAAUUGUCUAUUCAAACUCAAAACCUCAACACAAAUCAAACUCAAGUAUACUCACCAACAGAUAUUUAUCAAGAAACCCAAAAUAAUGAAGAAACACGAGACGGCUCAGAGUCUCCAGAUAUGUUAGAGUCUGGGAGUAAACGUGUAAGCGCCUUCCAAAGAUUAGGACCUCUGUCUCAGCCAAAGAAACCGAAACUGACCAUCAAUUUAUCUCUGAACAAGGAACAAGCCGUCAGAGAAGUGGUAAACGAAACACAACAAAACAUUCCCGUUCACGAUCGCGAUGAUAUCAACCAAAGUACCAAUGCGAUAGUCCAGAAGUAUCUUCCAUACUGGCCUUGGAAGAAAAAUGUUGCUGUGAGGAAAAGUGUCACCAUUAGGAAUUCUAAAACGGUAAUGAUGAUGGAGAAAGAACAAAUGGAAGAAGUAUAUGACAAGGACAGUUCUAUGAUAAUGGUAACGGUCAAGGGAUAUCCUCAAACGUGGACCAAGGAACGCGUACUUGAUGUGCUAUUAGAGAAUUUGAAAGGGAAUAGUUUUAUUCCAUUCUUUAUCGAGUUUACAACAAAAGAAUGUAAAUUCUUCGUGCUACGUUCACGUAAAGCAUUAUUGUCCAUACAUUGGUUCGGUUUCGUCAUAAAGACUGAUGAUGUCGAACUAACUAUAACGAUAUCCCAAACAUUCUUAACGGUGAAGCAGAUAGACUUUGUACCGCGACUAGUAUUAAGGAAACUAAUGGCGUCUAUGUAUAGCGAGGAUAAACUGGAUUUGAAGGAAUUUACUUUGAAGCAAGAUAUAAGUCAUUUCAUAUACUUUCCCUUGAACCGUGAGAGCAAUCAGUCCGAACUUGUGCAGUUACAGAGCGACGUGUCAUGGGACCGUUUGACGGAAUUGGAUCUAUCUCACAAUAGGAUCACCACAAUAGAAGGAUUCAACUUGAAAACGACAACGCCGCAUUUAAAAGUUCUAAAUCUAUCCCACAAUAACAUAGAGAGUGUGUUGAUUUUCCUGCCAUGUAAGAAUUUGCCUCUGAAAACACUAAUAUUGGAAGGAAAUCCUCUAUGCCUGGAUUAUAUAGAUCCGGAUCACUAUGUUACGGUUAUGAGGACAAUUUUUCCCAGCUUAAGGGAAUUGGAUGGAGUAUCAAUAACAUUAAAAGGCGAUUUGCCGAUCUUCAAAAAGAAUUAUUGUCCAGAAGACGCCAAAGUUGUGAUAGAGAAGUUUCUAGAAAUUUUCUUUCCUCUUCUGGAUGCUGAUAGCGAUGAAAGAAUGGCUAUAAAGGAUUUGUAUUCGAAAAAAGCGGUUAUGACGAUCACUUGUAAAAGCAAAUUACGUUACGAUUCCACGUAUAAGCUUAUGCGAAAAUUUGCGAUAAAAUGUCAGAAUUUACUCGAAGGUAACUUAGACACAGUUGACGGUGCGGCUAAUAUCGGGAAACUUAUAAAAAAAUGGCCGCAUGUCCAACACGACCCCACUACGUUUACUACCGAUGUUAUACACCAUGAUGUGAACGUAUUUAAUUGUAUUUGUCUAAAACUGUCUUGUCUGAAACUUAUUAAAAAAUGGCCGCAUGUCCAACACGACCCCACUACGUUUACUACCGAUGUUCUGCACCAUAAUGACUCCACAACUAUCUUCAACAUAACUGGUAUUUUGAAAAUAAGAGCGGAUUCGUUAGCAGAAGAUGAACCAUUAGUAUCAUUCUCACGUACAAUAGUGUUAAGUACAAAAAACGGUUAUAAAUACAAAAUUCAAAAUGAAUUGCUCUUCUGGGACGAACCGAUUGAAGAGUUUUCUAGAAUCGCCUUCCACUCUGUUUUGGUUCCAAGAAAAGCGUUAAGUCUAAAAUUUGAAACACCUCCAGAUGAUAAUACUAAAAAUCGACUUGUAAAACUAUUUAUGGAAGUGACAGAAUUAGAUGAAAAAGCAAGUGAAAGGUGCUUGGAGUCAAAGGAUUGGCACUUUCAACACGCUUUGGAGUAUUUCAUGAAACUUUUGAAAUUGGAUAACAUUGAAAUGUUAACCGUUUAAUCUUUUUUAUUUGAUUAUGAUACUAUACGAUUCAGCCUGAACAUCCCACUGCUCAGCAUUGACCUUUAUCUCCAUGUAGGAGAAGGAUUGGAGCUUAAUCCACCACACUGCUCCACUGCAGGUUGGCGGAUAAUUUUGUUAU